CAUCAACAUGGGUGCCGCACGAAGCCUGCUGAUCCUCCAAUUCUUGGCCUGCCUUCUGGUCGUUUCGGUUUCAGGAUGCCGGGUCAUUUCUCCCUGGAGAAGUCUCUGUGAGUCCUACGUAGGAUUGAAUGGCUGCGUCGACAAUGGGAAGUGGGAGCCAAAGCUCCCGCCACGGGACAACACCUGCUGUGGUCCCCAGUGCCGCUACACGGCCCUGGAACCCCCAGCGACUCCUCCUCCAUGCGGCUGCGAAGAAAAAAAAUGUCGAUGCAUUCUAGACACCAGUUGCGGGAAGGGAAAACCAACGCUGCCCUUCAGUUACCAAUGCCUGACAGACUCCGAAUUGGCAAAGGAAAACGCACAAAGGAAGUUAGACGGCUAUGCUCGUGAGUAA